AUGGCCCUGGCAGUUGGAUUGGCUGACUCUAGGUGGGGAUGGUGCGGGCCCUGCAAGGAAUGGGGUUGGGGACAACCUUGUUCCUGGACUUGGUGGUGGGCAGUGACCCUGACAGUGCUCACAGCCUUGCUCCUUCUGAAGGCCCUGGAUGCGGUGGCCAAGGAGCAACUUGAGACAGCCCCAACCCGCCAGGAUCAAUGGGUUGUGCUGACAGAGGUUCUGCCAGGCCCCCUCCUUCUGGAUGCCUACAAGAGGGCCCUGGAGCUGAGCCAGGAGCUAGACCUGGCCCCAGAGCCACUGUCAGGCCUGGUGGGCAUCGUUUGCCGCACCAUCACCAUGUGCACAGAGACACCUCUGCCUGAUGUGGAGGAAUGCUACACCUACUUCAGCAUCCCUCACAGACUUAUUGGCACCCAUGCACUCCUUUGCCCCCGAGUCAGUGUGGCCAUGUUUGGGCUGAGCCAGGUGGCCUGCAUUGCAGCCCAUGUCCUUGACACAAUCCUUCGGCAUGCCAAGCUCUACGCCUACAUCCUCACACCCCAGGUCUGCCUUGACCUGGUGUAUGUGGGAGGCCCCGAGAAUUGCCAAGAGGGAGAGGUGCUCACCGCCCUUCCCCAGGAGGAGGAGGAAGGAGAGACCCCUGGGAAGCCCAACACAGGGUCUCUGUUACAGGAGGUGGCAGUGCCUGAGCUGGUCCAGAUCCCUCUGGAGAUGCCUUUGAGCAAGGAAGACCUUUCUGGAUCCCCCCAGGCCUCACCCAGCGGCAAGAAACACCUUGGAAGACCCCAGGGUUCUUGCCAGGGCAAUAAAGGCCUCAGGCCCUGCCAGCAUCUCUGUAUCAUCUCUGGGACCUGCCCCCAUGUCCCCUAG